AAAUGAGUGACACCUGAUUCAGCCAAUCGGCGACGCGAAUGGACCGACGCAAGCCAAUAGAAAUACGAGAAGGGCGUGCGCGCGCCGAUCUCCUCCAGUCAGGAACAUCCUAGCGCGCCGAGCCGAGCCGGAGAAAGCCGAGCUGGAUUAAUCGGAGGGGUUUUAGAUUCAGUAUCAAGAGAGUUCUCGUGAUUUCCGGUUGCAGAGAAUAAAGACCGUGAGCAGCGCGAGACUGUCAUGUUGCCGUUCAGGUGCUCGCUAGCUCUGAGGGAGCUGCUCAAACCGAACCGGACGAGUCCGUUAUUGUGCGGUAUCGCCAGGGAUAAUACCACACGAGCCGCUCGCGACAAUGUCACAUCAGCCACGGGGACGGAGGCGCGCGCGCCCGCCCGAGGAUGCCGCCGUUAUCUGUGCACGAGCGCCGGUCAACCGAAAGACGGCAAAGAUGCAGCCAACGAGAAAAGGAAGGCAGGAAUCCUGCCCAGUCUGGAGGAUCUGCUCUUCUACACCAUUGCUGAGGGCCAAGAUAAAAUCCCAGCACACAAGUUUACUACGGCGUUGAAAGCGACAGGUCUGCGUACAGGAGAUCCUCGUCUGAAGGAGUGUAUGGAGAUGCUGAAGAUCACACUGAAGACCACGUCUGAUGGAGCUCUGGAUCGACACCUCUUUAAAAAAUGUGUCCAGAGCAACAUUGUGCUGCUCACUCAGGCCUUCAGGAAGAAGUUUGUGAUUCCUGAUUUCCAGUCGUUCACAUCGCACAUAGACGAGCUGUACGACAGUGCUAAGAAGCUCUCUGGAGGACAAGUGGCAGACUACAUCCCCCAGCUGGCUAAGUUCAGUCCUGAUUUCUGGGCCGUGUCUCUCUGUACUGUUGAUGGACAGAGACACACCGUGGGAGACACCAAAGUGCCCUUCUGUCUGCAGUCCUGUGUGAAACCUCUGAAAUACGCCAUCGCCGUUCACGAUCACGGCACCGAGUACGUACACCGCUUCAUCGGGAAAGAACCCAGCGGACUGCGCUUCAACAAGCUGUUCCUCAACGAGGACGAUAAGCCACACAACCCGAUGGUGAACGCCGGAGCCAUAGUGUGCACCUCACUCAUCAAGCAAGGUGCCAGCAACGCAGAGAAGUUUGACUAUGUGAUGAACUUUAUGAAGAAGAUGGCAGGAAAUGAGUAUGUGGGCUUCAGCAACGCUACGUUUCAGUCUGAGAGAAUGUCCGGAGACAGAAACUUUGCCAUCGGCUACUAUCUAAAGGAGAAAAAGUGUUUCCCAGAAGGCACAGAUAUGACCUCUAUCCUGGACUUCUACUUUCAGCUGUGUUCUAUUGAGGUAACUUCUGAGAGCGCUAGCGUGAUGGCAGCUACGCUGGCCAACGGAGGGUUCUGUCCAAUCACAGGUGAGCGUGUGCUGAACCCUGAGGCUGUGAGGAACACGCUGAGCCUCAUGCACUCCUGCGGCAUGUACGACUUCUCUGGCCAGUUUGCCUUCCAUGUGGGUUUACCGGCGAAAUCAGGCGUGUCUGGUGGUAUUUUGUUGGUGGUUCCUAAUGUGAUGGGGAUUAUGUGCUGGUCUCCUCCUCUGGACAAACUAGGGAACAGCGUCCGGGGCAUCAAGUUCUGCACGGAUCUGGUGCAGCUGUGUAAUUUCCACAACUAUGAUAAUCUGCGUCACUUUGCUAAGAAGCUGGAUCCUCGGCGAGAGGGCGGAGACGAGCGGGUGAAAUCUGUAAUUAAUCUGCUGUUUGCUGCCUACACAGGAGAUGUCUCUGCACUGAGGAGGUUCGCUCUGUCCUCGAUGGACAUGGAGCAGCGGGAUUAUGACUCCAGGACGGCGCUCCAUGUGGCUGCUGCUGAAGGUCACGCCGAGGUUGUACGCUUCCUUCUCGAGGCCUGUAAAGUGAACCCUGUACCCAGAGACAGGUGGGGGAACACACCCAUGGACGAGGCUGUACACUUCGGUCAUCAUGACGUUGUGACGAUUCUGCAGGAUUACCACAACAAGUACAGCCCUCAGGAGACCUGUGCCAACGGGGACAAGGAGACGGCAGAGAAGAACCUGGAUGGCAUGCUCUGAGACUGUGUGUGUGUGAGAUGUUCCUGAUGAUUAUAUCAGUAGACUCUGUGUAGGUAUGUGAUAGUGUUUUGUGCAGAAGUGUGUAUUUAUAAUGGAUCUUGUUACACCUGUGUGUGUGUGUGUUUCCCCACUAUGUGCUCCAGGUACGUAACCUGUAGGUGAUGCUCUACAGGGUUGCCAGAUUGGUGAAAUACUGCUCAGUGUCAUUUCCGUCUCUAUUUAAGGGCAAACUUUGAAACAAACUUCCGCUCGGAUUUCAUUACUCUGAAGUAAAAGAGUCUAAAAUACUUCAAUCUGGCAACCCCACGUGACGUUCACACCCCGUUUCCCUUUACUGUGGGCGUGUUAUUUAUUCCACACACACUCUGAAUGUGUUGUAUAUUAUGUAUAAGUGUAGUGUUUAUUAUUGGGAAAUAUUUAGUGUGAUAGUUUUUUAGAUAGUUACAAAAAAAUCAAGAUUUUAGAUUGAUUUUUUUUUUUAAAGAAAUGAUAAAUCAGGUCCAGGCUCGUGGCUGAGCUUUUCUUCGCUCGCCUUGGUGUUUGCCUUUUGAAUGGGGUUUAAAGGGUUAACGGUAUAGAUAUACGGCAGCGAGCACUAACACAAUAUUCCACGUGAAGCAGGGACGUCACAAAACAAAUCAUGUAUUCUAACGCAGUUGAAUCCUCCUACUGAUCGUCCAGUUCUUUAGGACGUUCCUGCAAAUUGACACCAAGAUUCAUGACCGUAAAGACACGCCCCCUUUUCCACGGUCAUGUGAUCACCUGUCCGGAAAAUUUCCGAAACGCUCACAUUAGGCUGAAUAAAAUCCAGUUUUAUCCAGUUUGUUUAGGAGAACCUUUAAAGGUUCCACAUAGAACCCUAGAAGAAACCCUUUUCCAAACUCUUCUCCCAGACACACAACAAUGGUUUAAGCCAUAAAAGUGUAUCAGAUUCUACAGAUUUUAGUGUAAAAACUACCGCACCUUUAAAUUCCUAUUGACUUUGAUGCGUCUUCUCAUGCUCCACUGAGAGUAGUGUGCCUGAGUAGUGUGCUUGACCCGGCUCUAACGGGUUCUUACACCUGUGGAGUGUGUGUGUGUGUGUGUGUGUGUGUGUGUUGUGAUCUACUGCAUUUGUGAUUGUUUAGCGUCUGAUUUGUAUGGGAUGCUUUGUUUUAUUCGCGUGUGUGUGUGUGUGUGUGUGUGUGUGUGUGUGUGUGUGUAGGUGGUUGUAGUGACUGAGGUCAGUUCUGAAUGCACUGAAGUGAGACAGGUGAGUUUUAGGGACCAGAUAAAUUAACGAGCGCAGGAACCAUGUUGUGAAGACCAAAUCAGAUUCACAAGUUUGCUUACUUAGUCAUCUGUUUAUUUAUUUAUUUAUUUAUUUAUUUGGAAUUUAGUGACUUGAAACAGAAAACCCAAAA